CAGAGUGUUGAUGGUGGGGUUGCUAGUGGGUGGGCAGCGGGGUGUGGUGGGGGAGGAUGUUGGUUUUGGGGUGGGUGGCUGGCAAACACCGGAUUGAGGAAACUGACGCGGCCACGUGUAAAAAAACCCGCGCGCUUAAAACCGCUCCACCGCCCUCACUCACCGCCUUUACUCGUCCAUCCACCCGUUCAUCCCUCUAUUCCUCCAUCAUGAUGCACGUGCUCCUCUCCGCCGUGUUGGUCGCGCUCGUGCCGCGGGGUCUCGCGUGGAGCGCGAGCGCCAAGUACGCCACGAGCUGUCCGGAGCGCUGCCGCGCGGAUCUUUGCGGGACCGCGGGGGCGCGCUGCGCGUUCACGGUGCUGGAUGACUGCGGUUGCUGCAGGGUGUGCGCGGCGCGACGCGGGGAGGCGUGUUACCGCACCGUGUCCGGCAUGCACGGCGUGAAGUGCGGACCUGGACUCUACUGCCACUUCUACAAGGACGAAGACGAGUAUGGGGAGGAGUACGGAGUGUGCAGAGACUGCACGUACGGCACGUAUGGCAUCGAGUGUCGGAAAACCUGCAACUGUAAAGGCGGAGGGCUGUGUGACAGAGAGACUGGAGCAUGCCUCAGCUUUAAAUUCUUCACAAAACUGACUAACAAGCUCAAGGCACAUGAAGGUAAUGAGGUGGCGUCAGGAGAUGGAGACAGCAGCAACAGCAGCAGCACUGAUGCUGGACACACAGAACGGCCACCUGCUCCAAAACUCGCACCCCGCUGACCAUAACCCCAUUUACUCUUGGCCUAAUCGGUCUACAUGUAGCAUAGUAAAUUAAAGACAAAAAAGGAAUAUAUUUUAAUAUGUUUGAAAAGGUAUAAAUAUUAUAUCAGAGUUUUGUAUAAUAUUUGAUGAGUUGUUAAUGCCAUGUCAUAUUAUACCAAAGCGUUUUGUGCAUCUAUACUCAAACAUACAGAGGGGUUCCAAAGUCUGAGCCUGCAUUGUUUCUCUGUUCACUACUCCAAUUUAAAGGGGAAUUCCAUCAACUUCAGAAAGUUUGCAUAAUUCAGUCACUGAGUUUUAAACAAAAUCAUUUACAGUGGUUUGAUGCAAAAUGUUUGGUUAUAGGGAAACUUUGCAGUGGUGCUGAUGGGAACCAGGGGUAACUGUGUCUACAGUACAAAUGUAGCCUUUUUAUUUACCAUCUAAAACAACCAGUGAACCUACACAUCUUGUUGAAAAAUACUGGUUACUCAUUUUGCUUACAAUGCCCUCCACUAUGAAGGAAUUUUAUUAUUUAAUUUUAUUAAAAUUUAAUUUUAUUAAAAAUAAGGUUUAACUUUAUCUCAAAACUAUCAUAAAGCAAUGUUUCAGGCAUCAGGUGGUGUAUCUGUAACUAUUCUGUAUGUGGGGAUGCAUAAACUCAGACAUCUGGUUCCUAUCACCACCACUGUGAAUGAUUCAGACUCAGUAAGUCUCUCUAGAAUGGAGUAUUUCACACCAAACCACUCUGAAUGACUCUGUUUACAUCUGAAUAAUCAAAUUAUACAUACGUACAGAUUUAUUGAAAAAAACAAUGGAAAUCCCCUUUAAGCAAUUUUGUGAUCCUUACCAUGUUAAGGCCCUUAUCCACUGAAGCUUGUGUUCGGUUGUCACUCAGGUAGAUUUGAUCUGCUGUCAUUAAAGCAAAAGAGGACCAAGUACUAUGAAAUUUAAAAAAAAUUAAUGUUAAAAUGUCGAAGAAAAGAAUGCAAAAUAGAAGCAUUUUCACCAGACUUUGGGACCCUGCUGUACGUGUACACAUAAACUGUGUUAAAGGUUUGGUGACAACUUUGGAAAAGGGUUUGGUUUAUCAAUGUGGUCCAUUGUAGAUGUCACCAGGUUUCACCAGGUGUCACUAUUCUUUUUUUGACAGGCACAUGCAAACACAUGCAUACAAUGAAUGUAAAUGUAUUACAUUAUUUAUAUAAUCAAAUAUUCAUAAUUAUGUAAAGCCACACACUAACUAUUUGAAUCAUAGUCUGCCGAUGUACCUUUUUUGUACCGAAUCAUCACACCAGCCAGUCCGCAUUGGUUUGGUUACUGCAGGUGACGUGAUUUGUCCUGAAGGCCUUUUCAGGUUGAAGAGAUGGCGAUAAGAACUAAGGGCCUGUGUGUCUGUGUGUGUUUUCUCUUCCUCCAUGCCAAGUUCUGUAUCCUCUCUAAUCUGUGUGGAAUUACACUUCUGGAUUCUCAGUUAAAUCUUUUAAAUGUUUUGUAACAUCUGUGAAUAAGACACUGUAUGUUUCCAUCCUGGUCUGAUGCAGUGCGGAUGGGCUUCAGUAUUCAAUUAAACUGAACAUAAGAAAAGAAAA